UAGAAGUAUGCCUUUAUCAUAACCGUGUAAGUAAAUCAAGAACUGGAAAUACAAUAAGAUGGCUGCACGUUAACAUGACACUCUUUUAUUCGAAAUGUCAUCAUUUCAACUGAUUCUAGGAUCUGUCAGUUACUCGAAGAUUAUGUAAUGGUAUAGCUCUUUCAAGGGGCUGGCAUGCAGUUACCAUAUUUCAACCAAUCAAAAUUACAAGUGGCUGGUACUGCCGUUUCUCUCAUAACUUCAAUGAUCAUUAUCCUCUUAAACUCAUCUCAAUCACCUACUAUUAUAUAGCGUCUGCUACGAUACAAACGCCAUGCCCCGAACUAUUUACGUUUUAGUAUACCCUUCUCGUUUAUUCGCUGCGCAUUGGUCAUUCUGGCUACCUUAUGUCGACACUGACAAUCAGCAAUCAAACAUUGGUGACCGCAUUCAUGUAACAGGCGACCGUCUCAACGGGUUUCAGUAUGAAUAUAUCCGCAACUAUAAUGUUUGCGAAGACGACAGGAACCCUAAUGCCUUCCCUCUCGGGUUGGUGUCGGAGACACAUUUGAGUCUAGCAAACAAGGACGGAACUGUUACCUCAAGCGAAGAGGAGGAUCAGAGAGACGCAGAGAAUAUCGUUUUCAAUGCAUUUGACGCGGCUUGCAGGGAGGUGCCAGCACCGGGACCUAGCCUCAAUAAAGUGAACAGAGAUGCUAGUAGGACUGCUGGAAUCCCUCUUAAGAGGACGGAAGUUAAAGAUUGCCAGUGGUGGAUUAAAGAAGCUACUUCGCACUUAUUCCAAAUGGGAAUUCUACUGCCACUAAACGAAGGACAUGAGGGAGAGGCUCCGAUCUUAAGGGUGGACAAUCUGCCACGACACUGAUAAAACUGAACAUACACAUACACGACCAUGAUUACUCCUAAUAACUACAUAUACAUACAAUGCUGGGAUCGAUUACAAUACCAGCUCAUAACUUAAUGUCUUGGAGCGCUCGCUAAUAUUUCAAGCGGGCUUUUGCCCUUGUUG